AUGAGGUACCUGAUCAAUGUCACCUUUGAAGGCAGGAAUUUGUCGUUCAGUGAGGACGGAUACCAGAUGCAUCCCAAGCUGGUCAUCAUCCUUUUGACCAAGGAGAGGAAGUGGGAGAGGGUGGGGAAAUGGAAGGAAAAAAAGUUGCAGAUGAAGUAUUACGUGUGGCCGCGCUUUGAGCUGUAUCCUGACUCUGAGGAGCGCGAGGAUGAUCACCUGAGUAUCGUGACCUUGGAAGAGGCACCAUUUGUCAUUGUGGAGAACGUGGACCCCCUAAGUGGCACCUGCAUGAGGAACACGGUCCCUUGCCAAAAACGCAUCGUGACUGAGAAUAAAACUGAUGAGGAGCCAGAUUACAUGAAGAAAUGUUGCAAGGGGUUCUGCAUAGACAUCCUCAAGAAAAUCUCAAAGUCUGUCAAGUUCACCUAUGACCUCUACUUGGUGACUAAUGGCAAGCAUGGAAAAAAGAUCAAUGGGACGUGGAAUGGAAUGAUUGGAGAGGUUGUCACCAAACGGGCCUAUAUGGCUGUGGGAUCCCUCACCAUUAACGAGGAACGUUCAGAAGUGGUGGAUUUCUCUGUGCCCUUCAUUGAGACGGGAAUCAGUGUCAUGGUGUCACGUAGCAAUGGAACUGUCUCACCUUCUGCCUUCUUAGAACCUUUCAGUGCUGACGUAUGGGUGAUGAUGUUUGUGAUGCUGCUUAUCAUCUCUGCGGUGGCUGUCUUCGUCUUUGAGUACUUCAGCCCUGUGGGCUAUAAUCGGUGCCUUGCUGAUGGCAGAGAACCAGGAGGUCCCUCUUUCACCAUUGGCAAAGCUAUCUGGCUGCUGUGGGGGCUGGUGUUCAACAACUCUGUGCCAGUACAGAAUCCCAAGGGUACCACUAGCAAGAUCAUGGUGUCGGUGUGGGCCUUCUUCGCUGUCAUCUUUCUGGCCAGCUACACUGCCAACCUGGCUGCCUUCAUGAUCCAAGAGGAAUACGUGGACCAGGUGUCCGGCUUGAGCGACAAAAAGUUCCAGAAACCAAAUGACUUCUCACCCCCUUUCCGCUUCGGGACGGUUCCCAACGGCAGCACGGAAAGGAACAUCCGCAACAACUACCCUGAAAUGCACAGCUACAUGGUGAAGUUCAACCAGAGGGGCGUGGACGAUGCGCUCUUCUCGCUGAAGACUGGGAAGUUGGAUGCUUUCAUUUAUGAUGCAGCAGUGCUAAACUACAUGGCUGGCAGAGAUGAAGGCUGCAAGCUGGUGACGAUUGGGAGUGGGAAAGUGUUUGCCUCCACUGGCUAUGGCAUUGCCAUCCAGAAGGACUCAGGCUGGAAGCGCCAGGUGGAUCUUGCAAUUCUACAGCUUUUUGGAGAUGGGGAGAUGGAGGAGCUGGAAGCUCUCUGGCUCACUGGCAUUUGUCACAAUGAGAAGAAUGAGGUUAUGAGCAGCCAGCUGGAUAUAGAUAACAUGGCAGGUGUCUUCUACAUGUUGGGAGCAGCCAUGGCCCUCAGUCUCAUCACCUUCAUCUGUGAGCAUCUCUUCUACUGGCAGUUCCGCCACUGCUUCAUGGGGGUCUGCUCUGGCAAGCCUGGUGUGGUCUUCUCCAUCAGCAGGGGUAUCUACAGCUGCAUCCACGGCGUGGCCAUUGAAGAGCGCCAGUCAGCAAUGAACUCCCCCACAGCAACUAUGAACAACACCCAUUCCAACAUCCUCCGCCUGCUUCGGACAGCCAAGAACAUGGCCAACCUGUCGGGGGUCAACGGCUCACCACAGAGUGCCCUGGACUUUAUCCGCCGCGAGUCAUCCGUCUACGACAUCUCUGAGCACCGCCGCAGCUUCACCCACUCAGACUGCAAAUCCUACAACAACCCCCCCUGCGAGGAGAACCUCUUCAGUGACUAUAUUAGUGAGGUGGAAAGGACCUUUGGCAAUCUCCAGCUGAAGGACAGCAAUGUGUAUCAGGACCACUACCAUCACCACCACCGCCCCCAUAGCAUUGGCAGCACCAGCUCCAUCGAUGGGCUCUAUGACUGUGACAACCCGCCCUUCAACGCCCAGUCGCGCUCCAUCGGGAAGAAGCCCUUGGACCUGGGCUUGCCCCCUGCCAAGCACAGCCAGCUGGGUGACCUUUACGGCAAGUUCUCCUUCAAGAGUGACCGCUACGGGGGCAGUGGGACCCACGACGACCUGAUCCGCUCAGACGUCUCUGACAUUUCCACUCACACGGUCACCUAUGGCAACAUUGAGGGCAAUGCAGCCAAGAGGCGGAAGCAGCAGUACAAGGACAGCCUGAAGAAGCGCCCAGCCUCCGCCAAGUCCCGGAGGGAAUUUGAUGAGAUAGAGCUGGCCUACCGCCGGCGCCCGCCCCGCUCACCUGACCACAAGCGCUACUUCAGGGACAAGGAAGGGCUACGGGACUUCUACCUUGACCAGUUUCGGACCAAGGAGAACUCACCGCACUGGGAACACGUGGACCUGACGGAUAUCUACAAAGAACGGGGAGAUGAGUUUAAGCGUGACACGGGAGGAGGAGGGGGUGGAUCCUGCACUAACAGGGCCCACCACAAGCAUGGCUCAGGCGAGUUUGGUGGAGGCAAUGAGCACAAGCAUAGCGUUGUGAGUGGGGUCCCAGCGCCGUGGGAGAAGAACCUGACCAAUCUAGACUGGGAAGACCGGACCGGGGCUAAUUUCUGCCGCAGUUGCCCUUCUAAGCUGCACAACUACACGCCAUCAACGGUGGGGCAGAACUCCACCCGCCAGGCCUGCAUCCGCUGUGAGGCUUGCAAGAAAGCGGGCAACCUGUAUGACAUCAGUGAGGACAACUCGCUCCAAGAGCUGGACCAGCCGCCUGCCCCUGUGCCCGUGGCCACCAGUGCCACUUCCUCCUCCAAAUAUCCUCAGAGCCCUUCCAAUUCUGCCUCGAAGGUGCAGAAGAAGAACCGCAACAAACUCCGCCGGCAGCACUCCUACGACACCUUUGUGGACCUGCAGAAGGAUGACUCGGCCCUGGCCCCCCGCAGCGUCAGCCUCAAGGACAAGGGCCGCUUUUUGGAGGGGAGCCCCUACGCCCACAUGUUUGAGAUGCCAGCCAGUGAGACCACCUUUGCCAACAACAAGUCCUCAGUGCCCGCCACCAGCUACCACCACCACAACAACCCCGGCAGCAGUGGGGGCUACAUGCUCAGCAAGUCGCUCUACCCCGACCGGGUCACCCAAAACCCUUUCAUCCCCACUUUUGGGGAUGACCAAUGCUUGCUCCACGGCAGCAAAUCUUAUUUCUUCAGGCAGCCUGUGGUGGCAGGAGGGCCCAAAGCCAGGCCAGACUUCCGAGCCAUUGUCACCACCAACAAGCCGGUGGUCUCAGCCCUUCAUGGGGCUGUGCCAGCCCGUUUCCAGAAGGACAUCUGUAUAGGGAACCAGUCCAACCCCUGUGUGCCUAACAACAAAAACCCCAGGGCUUUCAAUGGCUCCAGCAACGGGCAUGUUUAUGAGAAACUCUCCAGUAUUGAGUCUGACGUUUGAGUGAGAGGGGAAGAGCGCGGGGAGGGACUGGGGAUGUU